GCCCAUUCAUUCCUUCACUUCUUCUCGCGCGACCCUUCUGAGUUUCACCGGUCAAGCUCCUCGUUCUUGCCUUCCAGCCUUGCGAGCCAAGUAAGCUCUCUUCUCUCUUCCUUAGCUUUCCUUUUGUUCUCCGCUUUUCUUUCCGGUCAAUGUCUUCUCCUGAUAGCCAAGACAUUUCCGCCUCAGAUGUCCACGUAUCUGAGGAAUCCCCGUCAUCUUCUUCGUCGACCGGGUCAUCUUCACCCGUUCCUAGACCCCGGUCGGUUCCAUAUUCCAAUGUUCCGAACCCGCGGCCAGUAAAUCAGAUGCCCGGUCAGAUAUUUCAGGAGAGGGAUGCACCGGUGGAAGACGAACCGGCUCCCUAUGACCUUGAAAACGAGUCACUCGAGGAAUGGGAGGAUCGGCUAGAAACAGCCGGUUAUUCUCCCCUCCCCACCUGCUAUCCCUCAGAGAUUUUUCCCCGGGUCUCUAAGAUAGCUCAAAACAAGGUUCGUAGGAAUCUGCCGGAGGGGUACGUCCUUGAAUACGACCCCAGCUGGCCGAACAUCAUUGAGCCUCACCGGGACAAUAGGGUAGGUUUCCACAUUAUUUCCCUAGAGAGCGGUACUGUUUUCCCCCUUCGCCCCCUUCUGAUCGAGUUGUGUCGCUGUUUCAAAAUCCUUCCCGGGCAAAUCACGCCCAACGCCCACCAUUUCCUCAAUGGCUUCGUGAAUAUUUGUAUAGAGCUUAAGAUUGAUCCUUCCCUCCGCUUGUUUCUCUACCUGUUUGAAGUCCUUCCCGGUAAGUCGGGUUGUGACGGUUACGUCUACUUCAGAGGCCGCAACGGCCGUCAAUUUAUCUCAGACCUUCCACAAAGCAACCGGCAGUGGAAGGAAAAAUUUGUCUUUAUAAAAUUCCCCACCGAUUCUCCCUUGGCCGGUAUAAAGUGGAACGACCAUAUCCUCAAGUCCCAAUACACCGAGCCGGCUAGCGCUCCAGACUUGGAAGAAAGUUUGGAGAGACUUCUACAGGGGGACCCGUUCACCGGGCAAAUGUUCCACUAUGGGGCUUGGAUUUGGAGGAUCCAAUCGGGUGGUAAGGGUACCCCUCGGGCCCAUGAGGCAGCGGGGCACGGGGUACCCUCCCCGGGCAACACUGCUGAGGCCGGGGGCCCAAGCCACCCAGACAUGAACUUCAGAGCGUUCAACAUGCCGAAGACAACCGGUGGCUCUUCCUCCGCUGCCGCCAAAACCAGACCGGGCCAACCAGAAACUGUUGUAAUCCACGACGAGGAAACUCCCCAGACCGGGGGGGUUGAUCAGUCAGGGAAGGCGCCGGUGAACCCUAUCCCUGACAAGGGGAAAGGAAAGAAGAGGGUGAAGCAUGUGGCCACCGCCCAUCCAUCCUCCAAGAAGAGAAGAGGAGAGCACUCCCCAGUUAAAGAAUCAAUGGAGGAGCUGUGGGUCAAGGUGACCCUUAAGCUAAAAGAGAUGGGCGAGGUUGGGUCGGAAACCUUGGAGCAGCUCACCGGGGACUCCUCCUCCCGGUUGACCCAACUUGAGGAGCAGCUGAAGAGAUCCGAGGCUCAUAACCGGGAACUCCAGGAUCUGACAGCCCGCCAGCUCGAGGAGAUGGACAACCUCUCUAGGAUGGCCGGUGAGGCAAAGGCUGAGAUCCUCCAGCUGAAGGAGGAGAACCUGAAGCUCAUGGAGGACGCGGAGCUUAAGGAGAAGGAGUUUCCCGGCAGGGCCAAGCUAUGGAUGGAGGAAAAUUUGGUGGAGGCUGCCCGGGUUCUCACUUCUUCUGAGGAAAGAACGAUGGAAGGCUUCAAGCUUCUUUACCGGGAAGAGCAAGGAAAAGAGAUGAUUACCCAAAUUGGUUCCUACGGGUUCGUGUCUGGCCAAAAAUGAGACCGGGAGGCCACUCAUGCGAUCCUUGCUGAACGGGACCCAGACUUCAAUGCUGAAUCAUACGGCCUGGCCCCAUCCCGGAUGAAGAGCCUGCACCUCCCUUUCCUCUCGAGUAAUCUUCCCGACUGCGACCGGUUGAAUCGUUUUGUAAAACUUCAAACCUGCUAUUUUCCCGGG